CUUACACGCAUCACACACAAUCUUGUCAUGACGGAAUUUUUGUCAAGACUUUAGAAUGACAAUUUAAUCAAAUGAAAAUUCUUAAAUUGUAAAGUUGGAUUUUAAAGUUGUGUUGUAUAAUACCGUUCGAAGCAUCAUGAAUCAACUCAAUGGAAAAUACGUGAAUGUCGUCCUUUCCAUAGAAUGCGGCAGGGGAAUGGACUUUUUGAAAAACAGCGUCUACGUUACCGCCAAUUUCAACGGCAGAAUAUUAGAAUCCGACCAUCUACCGCCCGAAGAAUGCCCGCCCUUCAACACCGAGCUCGUAUGGGAAAUCGAAAAGAAAGAACUCCGCAAAAUCCGAUCGUCCAACAUUCCGCUCCGCGUCGAAUGCAUCACCAUCGAUACCCAAAGUCGCAAAGAGCGCAUCGGCUUCGCCCUGUUGAACCUCCGCAGCGCCCAAAUCGUGCCGGAAUCGAAGAGCAACGAGCCGAUCGCCUCCGCCUGGCACAAGCUCAUCGGCUGCCAGGCGGACAAGAAGAAAAGCCACCCGGAAUUGUACCUAUCCCUCUCGCUCAGAGACCACAUGUUCAACGAGCAGCCCAGCGCUGAGAAUCCCAACAACGCCAUGCCGUUCAUUCUGGAAGAGGACGUCCAGAACAUGGAAGAUUCGCUCAAAGGCGCCGACACGUUCGCUUUGAAGUACUUCGAAAACGGGCACAUACAAAUCGGCGACGAGGAAUCGGCCAACGAGCCUUUCGUGUUCAAUUUGCUGAUCAAAAGCGUGGUGAAUCUGGACGCGCUGCUGCCCGAGGCGUUGGUGUUCCAAACGAACGCCGGCAGUUACUUUCUCACGUUCAAAAUACUCGGCAUCAUCGUGAAGACGAAACCGUUCCAAAGGGAGAUGCACACGCACCUCAAGCUGAACGAGAAAAUCGUCGUGCAUUUGCUGUCCAAUAGAGACACUUUGGAGAAAUUCCUCGGCACCCAAACGGUCACCGUCAGCUUCUAUCACGGCUACGACAAAUUGGGCGUCACUAAAUUGAACUACGACGAGGUGUGGGAUCGCAAAGAGGGCAAGUACUAUUUCAAAUUCCCGUCGCCCAACGGCAUCGUGCCGUUCGGCUGCACCGAGCAAUCGCCCUACAUAACCCUCGAGACGUGGAUAAAAGAAGCCGCCGACGAGGAGGAGGCAUUGAUAUCGCCCAAACACCCCCAAACGCCGCGCGCCGACGAACCGUCGGAGAAACCGAAAACCAAGAGCAUCUUCUCGAACAUCUGCAAAAAAUCGAAGACCCCCAACGAGCCGGACGUGGAGAAGAUGAGCAUCGAGGAACCCGAUACGCAGGACUCGUACAGAUCGCCGAGGAACGACAUCGAUCUACUACCGUUCGUCACCAAAUCCGUGGAUACGGUGGUGAUCAACGAUCCCCUAACGCCGAGGCCUCACGCCGCCUCCGAUCUGUACGAGAAAUUCGUGCUGAUCGUCAGCUUGAAGACGCUGACGUGGAUCGCGCCGCCUCCCGACACCAAGAUCAUGUUCAAGUUCCUGCAUCCGAGGGCGGGCAGUUGCACCACCAUUUUCACGGAGAUCAGCAACGCGGUGCAGCAGGAGAUCGUCCUCAACAAUCUCUACGUGCGAAUCGGUUACAUAUCCACCUACGACAAGAUCGGCAAGCUGCUGAAGAACUGGUAUCCCAAGCUGGUGUUGGCCAACGAGCACGAGACCUACAUAUCGGAUCAGAAGGCGCUGAACGUGAAUUGCUCCAACACCAAGUGCAAGAAUUACGACAUCGAAUUCAAGAGUUUGAGGACCGGCGCGACGUUGACUCGGAUCGGCGUGAACGUUACUAUGAAAGUGACCGAUCCGAAGUUAGAAGACGAUUACGAGAACCUCUAUUUACUGCCGAUAAUAUUAGACGAGAUAAUCGUGGUGAAAGAAGUGGCCGAUUUGAUGGCGUGGAAGCGAAACUUCAAAGAGCAAUUCGAAAGGCAAUUGCAAUUGACCAAACAGGACGAAAUCAAACGAUUGGACAAAGAGUACCAACAGAAGAAAGACGAAUUGGAGGAGAACGUGAACAAGACCAUCGACAAAUGCAAAGAAGUCCAAAACGAUCUCAGAAACAAACUAGCCACGUUGAAAAUCGAACGGGAACUGAACAAAAUGGGCACCAACGAGUACAAAUACGACGACAUCUACCAAAACAACUGUAAAUUAUAUUCGAAGAACAACACCCAUGAGGUCAUCGAGCUGUUGAGCAAAACGCAACGGGACAAUGAAUGUUUGAAAAAAUUGCUGGCCGAGCAGAAGGAAAAGUUUUCCGAAAUGGAACAAACCGCCAUUGCGAAAGUCGAAACGAAGAGUUUGCUGGAGGAAUGGGACGUUCUGGAAGCCAAAUUCAGUCAAAUUCAAUGCGUAAAAAACAAUUUUGAGGAGAAAUGGAAGAAAACUACCAAUACCACCGCCCCUAAUCCUAGUAUUAAUGCUAAUAGUAAUCCAAUGAACGACAAAGUUAAAUCAGAGGAAAAUUCUAAUUGUAAAAACGAUAGACUUUUUUUAGAUAUACAGGGUUUUUAUAAUGAUCAGUCUGAUGAUAUUGAAACUAUAGGCAGUACCUGCGACAAUGUUGACGAUAAUUUUUAAUAAAUACUAUUAUUUAUUAUCGUGUAGUUCAAAAACGA